AUGUCAUUUUCAUUUCACAGCCUCAAAGUCGAUACUUAUGGUGAUCAACCAGGCAAUCCUGAACGUGUAAAGACUUGCUUAGCUGGUCAAGCUAUUCUGGAUAAACCUCUUCUCAAUAAGGGUACGGCAUUUACCAAGAAAGAACGCGAAAAGCUUCGGCUAUGCGGCAUGCUGCCGUAUAAAAUUAAUACGUUGGAUGAACAAACGGCUCGGUUGAAGGAGCAAUAUGACAAACUUCAGCGUCCCAUUAUUAAAAAUGCCUUUAUGCAAAACAUCCAUGACCAAAAUGAGACUCUCUUUUAUAACUUUGUGAUCCAAAACCUUGAGAGCAUCCUUCCCAUCAUUUAUACGCCAACCGAAAGUGAAUACAUUGCAAGUUAUUCCCAUGUCUUCCACAGGCCCCGUGGUGUAUAUCUCAACUACCCCGAAGACGACAACCUUGAACAUGUUCUCCUCGAAGGUGCAUUGCAGAACGGCAUUGCUCCAGAAAAUGUCGACGUCAUAGUGGUGACAGAUAGCGGUGCCAUUCUGGGCAUAGGUGAUCAAGGCGUGGGGGGCGUAGCAAUCAGCGUAGCCAAACUUGUAUUAUACACAGCUAUGGCAGGUAUCAAUCCAGCACGGGUACUUCCAGUGGUCCUUGAUGUCGGCACCAACAAUCAGAAGUUGCUUGACGAUCCAUUGUAUCUUGGUUGGCGCCAUCAACGUGUGGAGGGCAAUGAUUAUGAUUGCUUUGUUGACAAAUUUACGCAAUGUGUCCGAGCCCAUUUUCCACGCGCCUUUUUACAUUGGGAGGAUUUUGGUGUACACAAUGCUCGCAAACUACUCGUGAGGUACCAACCCGUCAUGGCAACGUUCAAUGAUGAUAUCCAAGGCACUGGUGCCAUCACCAUCGCUUCCAUCAUGUCCGCACUCAAGAUUUCAGGUGGUAAAAUGCGAGAUCAGCGAUUUGUGAUUUUCGGUUCGGGCACAGCUGGGAUGGGUAUUGCCGAUCAAGUUCGCAGCUACUUGGAAACAAAGGAUGGAAUGGAGACACAGCAUGCUGCAAAGCAAAUUUGGUGCCUGGAUAAGGAAGGCUUGCUUACGAAGGAUAUGGACGACUUGGCUGAACAACAAAAGCGAUAUGCAAGAGAUCCAGAAGAAUGGGGUGAUGGGAGCAAAGGAUUACUGGAUGUUGUCAAACGUGUGCAUCCCACAGUGCUGAUUGGAUGUUCAACACAACCAGGUGCAUUUACUCAAGAAAUUGUGGAGACAAUGGCACAGCAUUGCGAUCAUCCCAUCAUUUUCCCUUUAUCAAACCCAACAAGGUUGCAUGAAGCUAAGCCAAAUGACCUCUUUAAAUGGACAAAGGGCAAGGUCUUUGUUGCAACGGGAUCACCAUUUGACCCAGUGGAGUACAAUGGGGAUAAGUACGCAGUAGCUGAAUGCAACAACUCGUUUGUUUUCCCUGGAAUUGGUUUGGGUUGUGUGGUCAGUCAAGCUAAACAUUGCACCGAUCCCAUGAUCUUUGCAGCUGCCAACGCUAUUAGUGAAUGCUCCCCAUCCACACAAUCCAAAGAUAGAAAGCACAGCUUAUUACCCGAUGUCAAGGAUGCUCGCGAAGUUAGUGUUCAGGUGGCCAUAGCAGUUGCCAAAAAGGCAAUCGAAUUAGGAGAAGCCAAGGCACUUCCAAAAGAUAUCGAAGCAACUGUACGUGAUUUCAUGUGGGAACCACGAUAUGCCGAUUAUGAGCUUGUAUGUGAGUGA